GCUCGGCGGUAAACACCGGAGGCCGUCAGCGGGAGCCUGUUGGGACGUUUCUCCAGCGAGCAGUUCCGGACAAAGGAAAAGAAACCUGAGCUAAAGCUAGCUGGCUCUCUUGGGCAAUGCAGGCCAUUAAGUGUGUCGUUGUCGGGGACGGUGCUGUGGGUAAGACAUGUCUGCUCAUCAGCUACACCACCAAUGCCUUUCCUGGAGAGUACAUCCCCACAGUGUUUGACAACUACUCCGCCAAUGUUAUGGUGGAUGGGAAACCAGUGAACCUGGGCCUUUGGGAUACAGCUGGACAAGAAGACUACGACAGACUCCGCCCACUCUCCUACCCACAGACGGAUGUGUUCCUUAUCUGCUUUUCCCUCGUGAGUCCUGCCUCGUUUGAAAACGUCCGUGCCAAGUGGUACCCUGAGGUCAGACACCACUGUCCCAACACUCCCAUCAUCCUGGUGGGCACCAAGCUGGAUCUGAGGGACGACAAGGACACCAUGGAGAAGCUGAAGGAGAAGAAACUCUCCCCCAUCACUUAUCCUCAAGGCUUGGCCAUGGCCAAAGAGAUUGGCUCCGUCAAGUACCUGGAGUGCUCAGCCCUGACUCAGCGUGGCCUUAAAACUGUGUUCGACGAGGCCAUCCGGGCCGUUCUGUGCCCCCCACCCGUCAAGAAGAAGGGCAAGAAAUGCUCUCUCCUCUAAGGCCGCCUGCAGUUUGAACGGUUACAGGGGAACAUGAACGCUAGCGGUGAGAGGGUGGCUAAAGACACAGGAGAAACACACCAGUAUACACUCACAAUCAAUGUACUUCAGAUUCUGUCCUUAAGUGUAGUUCAAGCAGUUUUCAUGAAAAUAAAUCAGAUCCAGAUUUAGGCGAAGGGUUUGGGCGAUUAGCAGUCCUAAUAACUCUUUACUGUAUAGACAAAACUAUGAACUUUUCGAGGCCUUCUAAAACCGAUUGGAUGUUUUCUAAAAAAUGGACUGCAGGUUGUCUUUAAUUUCCUCUUCCACCUGUUGUCCACUUUUUUUUUCUUUUUUUUUUUUUUUGUUGUUUACAGUCGGGUUGGUUGUUGUAAGUGGAAAUAAUAUUGCCAAAUACAUUCUGCACACAUGCUGGUUUUUAGCUGAAAAUGAGAGUCUAGGUCUGUCGAUUCAGAUCUGUAACGUUUGCUGUUCGUUCAGCUCCUCCAUCAAUGGCAUUUUUAUCUCACAAGUUCACUUCCUCCUUGACAACAAGGAGCAUGAAGUAACCUGGAGGAUCUGUGCAGCUUCAGAUGAGUCCUUGAGUAACAUAACCUCCUUACUUACCAUCAGUCUGUCAACCCUAGAAUGAUUAAUGACGCCUAAAACAAAACGGGGAGAAGAUCAGACACCAACAGUGCUAUAACUCCCCCCAAAAAUGUAAUGAAUCCAGUAUUUUCUAUGUUUCAUCUAAUUAAAUUUGUCGUUUUCUUUCUGCUUUCCCUAAAUGUGUCUCAGCCGGACAGCUGCCUGUGAUUGCAAACGCUGAAAA